AUGGGGGCCCCGGGGGGCGGCGGCCCAGUGGCCGCCGGCGUCGGCGACGCCCUGCGCUUCCAGGACCGCGCGCGCCACGCCGUCGCCUCCAUGGAUCGCCUACAGUUGGUGCUUGGCGCCCAUGACGCCGCCGCGGAGGAGAACGUGGCCGAGAGCAUCUUGCUGCAGCUCCCCGAGCUCGAGAGCAAGGCCAAGAUGGAGCUGAGCAUGGGCUGCGCGGCGGACGUGGUGUACGCGGGGCACCCGCAGGGCAAACGCCCCGACGCCCUGUCCCGAGCGGUUCUGUAUUAUUUACAGCUGGCACUUCGAGAGCGCGGAGCCGCCCUGGAGGAGGGCGUGACCAAGAGCGACCAGCGGCGCGUCCUG